AAUGGAAAAAAAAGAAAAGCGCGUUUACACGCAAGCAACCACCGCAAGCGAAAGCAAUAAAAUUGAGAGGGACGCUAAGUUGUGGCUUCAUUCUUUUUCUUUCGUCUUCAUCUUUUUUUAAUUUCAAUUUCUUGUUCUAGAAGCUUCUCUCCUUUCCGUUCUUCGCUUCUGAUCGGUCUAAUUCACUUGCAUGGCUACGAUCGGACAGAACAAUCUCAAUGCCAAAUUGGUUCUCCUCGGGGACAUGGGUGCGGGAAAAUCCAGCCUUGUUUUGCGUUUUGUCAAGGGUCAAUUCCUUGAAUUCCAGGAAUCAACAAUAGGGGCAGCAUUCUUUUCGCAGACAUUGGCUGUAAAUGAUGCCACAGUAAAAUUUGAGAUUUGGGAUACAGCUGGACAAGAGAGAUACCAUAGCUUGGCUCCCAUGUACUACAGAGGCGCUGCUGCUGCUAUCAUUGUUUAUGACAUUACUAGCUCAGAUUCUUUUACUCGAGCUAAAAAGUGGGUCCAAGAGCUUCAGAAGCAAGGGAAUCCUAACAUGGUCAUGGCUCUUGCUGGUAACAAAGCUGACUUGGAAGAUAAGAGGAAAGUGACAGCUGAAGAUGCACGUUUAUAUGCUGAGGAAAAUGGUCUGUUUUUCAUGGAGACCUCUGCGAAAACUGCAGCCAAUGUUAAUGAUAUAUUUUAUGAAAUAGCCAAGAGGUUACCAAGGGCGCAACCAGCACAAAACCCAGCAGGGAUGGUUCUUGUUGAUAGACCUGCCGUAGGAUCCAGAGCUGCAUCAUGUUGUUCAUAAUUAUUUAUUCUGAAUAACCCCCCAUAGUUAAACCCGUUUUCUGUGGUUUGUUUGUACUAUUCGCAGUUCGAUGGCCGGUUAUUUGGAGCUCCAACAAGUUUAUGGGCUGCCUACAUACUAGAUACAAAUUAUCAAAUAUAACUUGUUGGAGCGAAAUGUACACCUUGGAUGUAUACUUUGAGUUCGUUUAUAUGUGAGUUGUUGGGAAGAAAUGCUUGAAAGUUAAGCUCGCUGGCGUAAGUUUCUAAACAGUAUUAGCGACUCUUGGCAUUCCCCUUCCCCCUUGUUCAUUUUCUUUUUGUAUUUUUAUUGAGUUCUCUGUACCCUUUUCCUUUGUUAAAAAUAAAAAUAAAAAAAUAAAAAAUAAAAAAAUCCCGUCUUGUUUCCCAUAAUGGCCUUUU